AUGUCCAAAUUCAAAGCAAGUGAAUUUAGAACAUUAUUUCAUUUUGGAAUACCAAUAAUAGUACGCCAUAUACCUAAAUCCACACAAAAGAUGUUAUUAUCCUUUUUAACAGCAAUAAAUCUUGCUUCAUCAGAAUAUAUUACCUAUGAAAUAAUAUAUCUGGUAAAGAAGCUUUUAUAUUAUUUUGUCGAACAAUAUCAAAAUAUUUUUGGUUUACGACAUAUGACGACAAACAUACAUUCUUUAUUACAUGUUAGUGAAAGUUUGAAAUAUACUGGUCCACUAUGGAUGUAUUCUACUUUCAGUUAUGAAGGAAUCGACAAAAAUUUAAUCAAUACAGUCCAUGGUACAGUUCAUUUUGCUAAACAAUUGAUACGGCAGCAUGUUUUAUUUCGAGAUGCUAUCGUUUGUCACCGAAAUCUUUCUUAUCCACUUUCACUAUUUACAUUUAAUGAACAAUUAUUGAAUCGAAAACAAUCAUCAGUUCAUUAUAAAACUAUUAUUGAUGGAUGUAGCCUGCCGAAAAAUGUUUCAUCAAAUCUAUAUGAUAAUAGUAAAAAUGGUAUAGCUACAAUCGCACAGUCUUAUUUCGAAGAUCCUGUAAUAUUUUUUCAUUCUGUUAAAAUUUCAAAUGUUUUGUUAAAAACAACAACAAUAUCAUAUGGUAAACAAUGUGCUGAUAAAUGUAUAUCAUUUUAUUUUUCCGAUAAUCAACAAAAACUGGGUCUUAUACGAGCAAUUGUGAAGUCAAAACAAAAUACUAUUAGAUUGUUAAUCGAAGAACUUAUUGAAAAAAGACCGGAUUCAUCAAAGCUGAAAUUUAAAUUGGAAAAUAAAUUUAUAGAAGUUCCAAAUAUAUUCAUUUUAAAAAGAUCAAAUGUUUUCCAUCUUAAACAUCCAAAAUGCGUUAUAAAAAAACAUGCGAUGAUUUUUAGACCUGGUAAUUGUGUAACUGUACUUGAAUAUCCUAAUUUAAAAGAUAAUAGUUAA